UAGGAGUUGGUGGAUUCUAUUUUUAUGACAAAUUAUCGAAUCAAUGAUAAAAAAUUAAAAUAAUGAUAAUAUUAUUUACUUGAUAUAUUGCUACUAUUUAAUUCUUAGUAUGAUAGAUCGCACUAUUUUUUAUCUCGCAUGAAACGUUCUACUGCGUCAUUUGGUCGACACUCUAAUGAAGAUUGAACUGAAAAUCUUUAUAAAUUCCGACGACAUUUUCUCACCCGUAUCACAUAAACUUUGAAUUUUGAAGGUAGACUCGACUAGACGAGUAUGUCAGGAAAUAGUGGUGGCCCAUCGAGUGGCUCUAGAGUUGAGGAAGAACUUUACUUUCUAAUUGCUCGGUUCCUGGACAGAGGACCGUGUAGAAAGGCAGCAGAGGCGCUGAGGCGAGAGGUAGAAGAAAAUCAGCUUUUACCCAAAAGAUUGGACUGGGAGGGACAGAAUCAUCAAAGAAGUUUUGAAAACUUGAUUGAGGCCAAUCGCCAUAUCUCCCAAGAUCAUUUAUUGCAAAUAGUUAAAAGGGUAGGACCUCUACUGGAUAAAGAAAUACCACCAUGCGUGAGUGGAGUAGCUUCCCUGCUGGGUGCUGGCAGACAAUCUCUGCUUAGAACAGAAGAAGAGGUGAAUAGUCCAAAAUGGCCAGAGAAAACUUGGUGCGUUGUCAGGCAUGGGAAGCCAUUGAAACCCCCCCUUACCAUGAAACAGGCUCCAAACUUUAUACAUGCCUACAAUGCUUGGAGGUUCUCAGGUAUGGCUCGGCCCCAGGAGCUGAUGGCCUCAACUCUCUUCAACAAGUUAACUAUGCACAAACGAUCUCUGGGACAUCUUUCUGCUGUAUAUUGUGUGGCAUACGACCGCACAGGAAAAUACAUAUUCACAGGUGCGGAUGACCACCUUGUAAAGAUUUGGAGUGCAUUAGAUGGUAGAUUACUGGCAACAUUAAGAGGCCAUGCUGCAGAAAUUACUGACAUGACAGUGAACUUUGAGAACACAUUACUAGCAAGUGGUAGCUGUGAUAAGUGUAUUAGAGUCUGGUGUUUGAAGACUACUGCCCCAAUAGCUGUACUCCAGGGUCACACCAGUAUGAUCACCUCAAUACAGUUCUGCCCUUUGGUGCGGGGGGAUACCAGGUUUCUAGCCUCUACGGGGGGAGAUGGUUGUGUCUGCUUCUGGCAAUGGAACGUUGUCACAAAUACAUUCAACCACAAGCCCAUCAAGUUUAUAGAAAGGUCAAGGGCAGGUGCUCAAAUGUUAUGCUCAUCGUUCAGUCCAGGAGGUUAUUUCCUAGCAACUGGAAGCUCAGAUCAUGUGAUCCGUAUCUACGAUUUCAUUGGUCCCCAACCAGAGAAAGUUAGUGAACUGGAGUCCCAUAGUGAUAGGGUAGAUAGUAUAUGCUACAGUAACCAUGGUGAUAGAUUUGUAAGUGGAAGCCGAGAUGGCACAGCAAGAAUCUGGCGGUAUGAACGUCAGGAUUGGAAGGCCAUUAUGCUUAAUAUGUGCAAUAAAACAAUAAAUAGUAUUUCCACAAUGGAGGGAGAUGAUAAAACAAAAUAUAAGGUUACCAUGGUAGCAUGGAAUACAACAGAUGAUUACGUGGUUACUGCUGUUAGUGAUUGUUCAAUUAAAAUAUGGGACUCCCACAAUGGCAAACUUUUACAUAUGCUUGAGGCUCAUACAGAAGAAGUAUUUGUGCUGGAGGGAAGUCCCAAAGAUCCCCGUGUCUUCCUGAGUGCUGGUCAUGAUGGCCACAUCAUACUUUGGGAUAUCCAACGAGGGAUCAAGCUCAAAAGUUUUUUCAACAGUAUUGAAGGUCAAGGUCACGGAGCUGUAUUUGACUGCAAGUUUGCUCCUGAUGGCUACAGUGUUGCUGCAACAGACUCUCACGGACAUUUGCUCAUGUUUGGUUUUGGCUCAGGUGAACAUUUCAAAAAGGUGCCUUCAGAAGUGUUUUAUCACACAGAUUAUCGCCCACUUAUGCGGGAUAGUAAUAAUUAUGUCCUGGAUGAGCAGACACAACAGCCACCACAUUUAAUGCCACCGCCAUUUUUGGUUGAUAUGGAUGGGAAUCCCCAUCUGACAAAAUAUCAACGUCUUGUUCCUGGAAGGGAAAGGAUGAAAGAAGAAGCGUUGAUCCCACAGAUGGGAGAUACUCCAAGUGGUGAUCGUGAAGUAUUGGACCAAGCAGUAUUCUCCCCAGAGCCCCAGGGUCCAGAGGGCACCCCAAGGGGCCAGGAAGGCACCCCUAGGGCAGACAUGAACCUUGAUGAUAUUAUACUUAGAAUGCAACAGGAACAAGAUCGUCAUAAUCACAUCCCAACUAGUCCCCCACCACAGAACAGAACCAGGUCACGUUUAACCUCAGGGAAUCGGGGACCCAGGCGUACUGGGGAGGUUGAGGGGGUCAGGCAGGCUACAGGGGAUGUACCUGUAUCCCAGAGGGCAACGCAGCGUGACUUAGCAGCAUGGAGUAAACGUGUGGUUGUUGGGGAAGUGGACCCUGCUGUGCUCAAACAUUGUGAAGAUAGGCGCCAACUUCUUGCUGAAGAAGAAAUCAAAAAAUUUGUUACAGAGAGAAGGAAGAAACCAGUGGUUCUUGAUGGGACAGACUCAAGUGACAGUGGAUUUCAUCGUGUUCGUACACGCAAACGUCAAGACAACCGCAGGACACGUACACGUGAACGAGCAGCUCAAAAUGAAGAGACUGGGCGGAACAGAUUGACUACCAGAGCCCUCUAUGAUACAGAGGAAGAAGAAAUGAGUGAAGGGGACACAUCUGAUCCUGAGGUUGCCCCAGAUGAUGCUUGGGACAGUGAUAAAACAGAAGGGAGUGAAUCUAGCGACUAUUCUGAUUGGACGCCUGAUGCUGGUAUGAAUCUCCAACCUCCAAAACGAUCAAGACGUUUAAUCAAACGCAAUAAAAAAUACAGCGAGUCAGAUCAAGAGGAUGAUGAUGGUCACGAAGAUGAAAAAGUCAACAUCGAAGAUGACGAUGAUGAGGCAACUGAGAUUGAUGAACAACAUAAAGAGGAACGACCAGUAAAGAAAAAGAAAACAUUACAACCAAAAACUAGACCUCGUAGAAAGAAAACCACGAAACAGCAACAUCUAGCAAUACAAGGUUCCCCACAAGAAUUACCUGAGGAAUUCAGACCCCCCGAAUGGCUAACAGGUACCAUACCAAGGAAGGCCCCUUAUGUGCCUCAGAUGGGAGAUGAAGUCAUAUAUUUCUUCCAAGGUCACCAGGUGUAUGUGAAUGCAGUUAAAAACCAUAAAGCUUAUGAUAUCAACCCAAACAAGGGCCAACCUUGGCAUAAGCUUAAACUUAGGGAGCAAGAGCUAACCAAAAUAAUAGGAAUAAAGUAUGAAGUGAAACCUCCUAGACUCUGUUGUCUGAAGUUGGCUAUUAUAGAACCAGAUGGCAAGAUGACAGGAAACACAUUCACCAUCAAAUACCAUGACAUGCCAGAUGUGAUAGACUUUAUCGUUCUACGUCCUAACUACGAUCUUGCCAUGAGUCGGAACUGGAAACCAGGAAUGAGGUUCCGCAGUAUGAUAGAUGACUGUUGGUGGAUGGGAAAGAUAGACUCCCAUGAGCCUUACCAAGAGGAGUAUCCAGAUAGUCAGUUCCAAUGUCUUCUAGUCACAUGGGAUAACAGAGAGAAAGAACGGAUGAGCCCCUGGGAUUUGGAACCUAUCAAUAAAAAAUAUCUACCCUCAGAGGUAGGGAGCAGUAUUCCAGUCAGUGCAGAAGAAUUAAAGUCACUCAUGUUUACACCAAAAGAUUCUGAAUGGCCGCCUUGCGGUCGCAAUCGUGAAUGUUCCCGUAUCGCUCAUGGCCUGGAAACCAUCAUGAAUCUCAGCAUCGCAGAAUACUUUUCUGCGCCAGUCGACUUGAAUGCUAUACCCUUAUAUGGCAUUUGUAUAGCGUAUCCUAUAGAUCUGAACACAAUAAAGGAGCGUGUGGAAAACCAUUUUUACAGGCGUGUCACCUCCAUUCUGUUUGAUGUUCGUUACAUUGAGAGCAAUGCCAAGGCAUUCAACCAGCCCAACAGCCUCAUUGUACGCAAGGCAGCUUUAGUGACAGACCUAUGCCUCAGAUUUAUCAAUGACAGUGAAUGUCAAGAUCCAAUGCCUCUCUACCAUGAUCUAAUAGCAGAUGCCGACUUGGCUGAAGAUGCUAAUGGUGCCAAUGAAGAGAGUGAUGAAUUUAAUGGUGACACGGUUGGGACCAGAAAAAGGACAAGGCGUAAGAAGAAUAAGCCAGUUCCUACAGAUCCUCAUGCUUGGUUACAGGAAUGUGGAGAUCUCUUGGAAACAAUGUUCGAAUGUGAUGACUCUAAACCAUUCCGACAUCCAGUAGACCCACUAGAAUACCCAGAUUAUCGUGCAGUGAUAGAGGUCCCUAUGGACUUGGGUUCAGUGCGAGAGCAGUAUCAAGCAGACUGUUAUAACUCACCCAUGGAGUUUGCGAAAGAUGUCCGCCUUAUAUUCUCAAAUGCAAAACAGUUUACCCCAAAUAAAAAGACAAGAAUCUACUCUAUGACAUUGAGGAUGUCUGCGAUGUUUGAAAACUAUAUAGAAGACAUUAUAUCUGACUGGAACUAUGCUAAAAAACAUGCCAAAAAAGAUAAGGGGACGAAACCAUGUAAUAAAAAAUUUGUCAGACGAAAAAGUAAACGCUCAAUGGGCUCCAAUCUUAGUGCCAAGAAAUCGUAUGAAUCUACCUCCGGACCAUCUACUGGUCACAACAACGAUGUGUCAUCUACCUCACUCUCACAAGAGGGCGCUGGGUGUAGCGGCAUAUCUACACGCUCAAGAUUUUGUAAAUCCAAAGCUCAGAAGUUUCCGGAAAGUUCUGGCUCAGAUACAGAGGACUAUGAUGCUGAUAACAAUGAGAAAGCUGACACUGUCACUCGUAAACCAAUUCUCAAGCUCAAAAUUAAACGCUCAAAUGGUGCUAUUGUAACCAAUGGACAUAAUAAUAAUUCCCGCUAUGCAACCCGCUGUGCAACUGGUAGCCUCAAACCAAAGAAACUCACCUCAUCUGAUUCUGAUGAAGAACCAGAAAAAGACAAUGAUGUAACAAUACAACAUUCGGAAUCAGAACUUGAACACUCUGGGACAAGUUCAAGCUCAGAGUCUGAGUCAGAUCCAGCCACUCCGUUUCCUAGUCUCAAAAGGAAACGAGUUCAUCAGGAACCAAGUUCGGAAAAUGACGAUUCGGAUUCUGACGUGGAUUAUCAGCAUAAUACUCGCGCAUCUUCUCGAAUUGCAUCUAAGUCAACUCUCUCAUCUCGUGUAAAUAAUAAUAGCUCAAUAAAAUCGCCAUCAAAAAGGAAAGCCAGUUACGAACUUGAUGAUACUUAUCUGGCUUCCGAGGAUGAAAAUAGACGCUCACGUAAACGUGGCAAAAGAACGACACGUAAUCAAGGUAAAAGGACGGUGCAUUAUGCGGAAGAUAGUGCGGAAGAUUUAGAACAUUUAGAUAAUGAGUAUGAAACUGGGACGAGUGUUAGUCGGAGUGGGCGUACUCGAAGGUUAACCGCCAGGGCAAGGGCUCAUCUGGUGGGCGUGUAACCCUAGUUCAUGCCCUUGCACGAUACGCCAUACAGUCAUGUCACCCUAAUUCAGUAGUAUUUGGAGUAAAAAAGUAUAAAUUAUUUUACAAAAUAUAAAAAUUGCUCAUUUCUUUAUGAUAAUAAGUAGACAGUAGGUUAUAUUUUUAUUGAGUUGUAAUCCAAUUCUUUCUGUAUACUAUUUUGAAAGGGUUAUCAUGACUGCGAUGAUUUUUCUUGUAAGGGUGUGAAAUAUAUCAAAGAUCUCAUUUUUCAUCAAAUAAAGAAUUAGUCAGCAGUUGUAAAUAAGUUUUGGAAACUGUUUAUGGACUGAGUACAAAAAGGGAUUAGGGUACCCUUAUAUUCUGUAUAUUAGAAAAUGCUUGCACAAUUGAAUUUUUGAACAAUUUCGAGAAAAUUGUAAAUGGAUUAAAAUGCACUGUUAUAUCUAAUGUAUUUACGAGGGAAUUCCUUUUACAUUUUUAAUUGGCUGAUUUUGAAUCAGAUUUUCACAUAUUGAUUUAUGAAUGAAAUAUUGUGUUCAUUCUAAUAUGAGCAGUUGUCAAUUAUGUUGACCAAAAUCAAUUCAAUUUAUUUAACUGUUGUGUUUUGUCCAUAAUUGUUCUGCAAUCUAUGCCACUCUUAAACCUCAUGUUUAAUUCUGCUUAUAUCAUAUACUGUGCUACAACAUUCAUGAAAUUAUUGAAACUGCGAAUACAUCUAUUAACCACAUAUACUGUGUAAUGUGUAAGAAUGUUCUUAAGGUAGUUCUGCCUUUUCAGAAAAAUUGAGAAAAAUAAUUAUUGGAAAUGUCAUUUCAACAUCGUUUUAGCAUUUUUUUUUAUUUUGUACUUUGUUUUCUAUCAUAAUAUGUAAACAUUGACAUAAAAUUUUGAAAAAAUCCCAUUUCAAUAAAUAUUUGGAAUUGUCAUAAAAAUUACAUGGAAAUUAAUAUGCAGAACUACCUUGAGAGGAACAUUUUGUGUGUUGUCAUGGAGAAUGUAGAUGACUCAGGCAAAACAGAACAAAACUUCUAAAAGAAAUUUUGAGACAAUUAUUGUAAAACUUGUCUUAGUGAUCACCUCUCUAUUCUAGUUAUGGUGAGCACCUCUCUCUUGGUGAACACCUUUUCCAAAUGAACAAAAAACGAACUGAAUGAAUGUUCUCUGAACACCACAUCGACUAUAUUAAAUACCUCUAUGGCUGUACAGUGAACCUACCCUCAUUAAACACCUUUAUGACUCGAAAUGUGUUUGCUGUCCACGCCCACAUGUACUCUAUGGCUGUACAGUGAACCU